AUGGCUGAAGCACUAGUUAGCGUUCUCCUAGAACGUUUGGCUACCAUCACCAUGGACAAGUUCCUAGGAGAGUUAAAAAUGGUCACUGGAGUUGAGGAAGCAGUCACAACUCUUACCCGCAAUCUCAAAGCAAUUCAAGCUGUGCUCAAGAACGCAGAGGCGAGACAAGCAGUGGAGGCCGACGUUGGACAUUGGCUGAAUGAACUAAAAGAAGUUUCCCACGAGAUGGAUAAUGUGUUGGAUGAGUGGAGCACCCAAGUCCUAAAGCAAAAAAUGGAGGGUGAAAAUGUGAAGAAGGAAAAUAACAUUAUACUAAGCAAGUUGCUAAGUGAGAGUAGUCAAGAUUGUGAGGUCCCUCUUAUCAUCCCUAUUGUAGGGAUGGGGGGAAUGGGGAAAACAACUCUUUCCCAACUCGUCUAUAAUGACGAAAAAGUGAAAGCCCAUUUUGAUAAGAGAAUAUGGGUUUGUGUGUCAGACCCUUUUAACGAGGUCAAGAUUGCUAGAGCUAUUGUCGAAGGUCUAGACAAAGAUAAUACCUCAAAAACUUCAAAUAGCUUGCAAAUUUUGAUGCAAUGUAUACAUACAUUGAUUCAAGGAAAAAAGUUUCUACUUGUCUUAGAUGAUGUGUGGAACCCAGACCACACUCAAUGGGAAGAAUUAGUUAAACCUUUUCGUGAUGGUGCAAUGGGUAGUAGAGUACUAGUGACUACUCGAAAUGAGGAAGUUGCUACUCUGAUGAAAGCAACUGUUCAUGUGAUCCAUAUUAAGCAAUUGAGUGAAGAAUUUUGUUCGUCAUUGUUUUAUUACAAUGCGGGCAUAGACAUAGGUGGUGAGUCUAAAAUGUUACAAGAUGUUGGUGAAAAAAUUGUGAAAAAGUGCAAUGGCUUGGCUCUUGCUGCAAAGAUAUUAGGUAGCCUCAUGCGCGAGAAAAAAACAUUUAAAGAGUGGGAAGAUGUUUUAAAUAGUAAAUUGUGGGAGCUUGAAGAUAUUGAAAAACAAGUUUUUCGACCACUAUUAUUGAGUUAUAAUGAUUUGACCCAAGAAAUCAGAAAUUGUCUUUUGUAUUGUGUUAUCUUUCCAAAAGAUUAUGUGUAUGAUAGAGAUAAUUUGGUUGAGCUGUGA